AUUAUAGUAAAUAAUCAAUAGUAUGAUUUACUGGAAACAAUCUAACUUUUACAAUAUCUUCCAAAACAUUCAUUUGAAACUUAUUUGUUUGAUGUGAGUGAAUUCUUAGUAAAGGUACAUGCCUAUAUAGUAUUACUCCAGUUUACUUUGUUAACACUUACGUCUAUAUCUGAAAAAUAAUGUUAAUAGCAGUAUGUAUGGGGUUCACCUACCCUCAGUUAAUACAAUUAUACCUACCUAACUAGAUUCUGUUUGCAAGUUCCGAGAAAGUCAGUAUAAAUUAAUUACUUAAGUAUUUCAUUAUUUUGCAGUAGGUACCUACUUUGCAGUUCUCUGUUUAGGUUCAUUGUACCUAUAGAUAAAAUUUCAUAAUCAUUAAAAGUCAAUACUCGUAUCUUAUUGUGUAGGAAUCAUGAUAUUGCCUGACCAUAAGUGAUAAUAAUCUAAUUUUAUAUUAUAACAACAUGCAAUAAAUAUAGCUAAGACAGCUGUGCAUAUCUAUAUUUAUAGAUAUCAUAAAAUUAAACAUAUAGCUAAAGUAAAUACGCUUUGUGUAUAUUAAAUAGAUAAUGUACGACUGUGUUCUUGAUAAUGCUGCGUGUAUGCGUUAGCGCUUACUGUCCUAGUUUAUGUAUUCAGUUUCUGCAAGGCACACACGCUGAGCGCACGUUGUCUUGGAGAAAAAUCGGUAGCUGAAAUGGAGCCGAUUAUAAUCGUUCACGGAGGAGCCGGGGAUAUUCCCCAAAGCCGAGUGAAAGGGAAGUUGGACGGCAUGAAAGUUGCCGUCACAGCAGGUCACGAGUGUCUAAUGAAGGGAGGCAGUGCACUGGACGCAGUCGAGGCAGCCGUUGUGACAAUGGAGGAAGAUGAAAACUUUAAUGCUGGUUACGGAUCAGUUUUAACUUUACGAGGUGAAGUAGAAAUGGAAGCGAGUAUAAUGCGGGGUUCUGACCUGAAUACGGGUGGAGUUACCCUAGUCAAAGAGUUUCUUCAUCCUAUCAGUAUUGCCCAUAAAGUCCUCACAGAUUCACCACAUUCCCUUUUGGGUGGGGAGGGUGCUAAAAUUUUCGCAUUAGAGAAGGGGUUUAAAACAAUUCCACCCGAGUCUUUGAUAAGCGAAAAUGCGAAAAAAGCGCUUCAGCACUUUUUGGAACACGGAGAGUUUGGGCGAACGGAAAUUGGACCUAAAGAUGAAGGUGGUGUGGGCACAGUUGGCGCUGUAGCAAUAGACCGCAAUGGGCACAUAGCAGCCGCCACCAGUACCGGUGGUAUGAGUGGCAAGGCAGUUGGCAGAAUCGGGGACACGCCACAAAUUGGCAGCGGUACCUACGCCGAUGACCACAUAGGCGCAGUUUCCACAACAGGGCAUGGGGAGUCUAUACUGAGAUAUUGUUUGGCUCACAGUAUAAUCAAGCUAAUGGAAAGUGGCAAAGAUGCACAAACUGCUACAACUAUUGCAGUGAACGGUAUGACUGCUCGUUUAAAGAAUACUGCGGGAGCGAUUACGUUAUCGAAGAAUGGUGAUGUGGGCAUACACUUUAGCUCAAGAAGAAUGUCGUGGGCAUAUGUCAAAGACGGCCACAUAUUUUACGGCAUUAAUCCCGACGAGGUUCUCAAGGAGGAAUAUAAUCCUGGAAAUAGCUGCUAGUCAGCCAUAAUUACCUACCUAUUGUCAGUAGCGGCUUUAGGGUAGGGCGCGGUUGGGCGACGGCCCAGGGCGCCGGACAUAAGGGGCGCCGCAGGCGCCCCCAACCAAUCCUUAAUCAGAAUUUUACUCCUAU